UCUGAAGUUAAUGCAAUAGUUGUCGUAAAAUCAUUUCUUAUUUUUACUAAAGGAACAAAGUAUUUGCUAUAAAAAAUGAUCAGAAACACUAAAAAAUACUUUUUGACUCUUGGAUUACUACUUACUGGAAUUUUGAUCUUUGUUUGUUCUGUGGAAGCUUGCAAUGAUUUCACCCUGGUUUCUCGCAAAGAAUGGAAAGCAAGGCCAGCGAAGAAAACAUUACGGCUGACUACUCCAGUGAAACACGAGUUCGUCGCUCAUACAGUGACUCCUGAAUGUCAAAGCUUACAAAGCUGUUCCUCCAUGAUGCGAAGUAUGCAGACAUUUCACAUGGACAAACAAGGAUUUAUGGAUAUUGGAUAUAAUUUUGUUGUCGGAGGGGAUGGCAGGAUUUAUGAAGGCACUGGUUGGACGAACCAAGGAAUUCAUAUUCCUGGAUGGAAUUCCAAGUCGCAUGGAAUUGCAUUCAUCGGAAAUUACAUGAGUAAAAAACCAAACGAAAAAAUGCUGCUAGCUGUUCGAAAAUUAAUGAUUUGCGGCAUUACUAAGGGUUACAUUGCAAUGGACCGUAAGCUACAUGGUGCGCGUGAUGCCACCUGCACGAAAUCUCCUGGGGAUGUUUUGUAUGGCAUCAUUCAGCAAUGGCCCAUGUUUGAAAAGGGACCCUUAAAUCCUUAUAAUUGUUAACAAUUAGCGAAAUGAUGAAUGAACAUAAAACUAAAACGAAUAGCUGGAGCACGGAUUAUAUGAACAAGAAAAUUAUCAAAAUAUGCACUAAAAAAUUUUUAUUCAUGCAAAUAAAA